AAAAAAAAAAAAAAAAAAGUUCAAAUCACCAAAAUUCGCCACGUGUCCUCCCCCGCCUUCUUCGCUUUCCCUUUCAUAUCUUUUUGGCUCUCAACUUGGUCACGCUUUUUUCUCCACUUCGACCCAUCAAACUCAGUAAGGUUUACGUUCUUGUUUCUUUACUAACACCUUUCUUUCUGGGGUGUAAGAUCAUAAACAUGUCUCGGAGUUCUGACACAACAAGGCGAACCCCACCUGGGAUUUUGCUUAUGAGAAGCAUUAGAGGCAAGGAUUGGAGCUUUUCUACUUACAGAUAUGUGGUUUUGUUUGUUACAUUCAUUGCAUAUGCUUGUUAUCAUGCUUCUCGAAAACCCACUAGCAUAGUUAAGAGUGUAUUGUAUCCUGAUCCCAAUAGGCCCCUUGGCAAUGGGCAGUACCCUUGGCCAAUUGCCAAUGUGUUUAUCAAGGAGAGAUUUUCAGAUACUGGCAUAAAUAGGAUGAGGAACAAGGGUUGGGCUCCGUUUAAUGGACCCGACGGGACAUCAAAAUUAGGGGAGAUUGAUGUUGCAUUUCUUGCUUGUUACUCUUUGGGAAUGUAUGUUGCAGGCCACUUGGGCGAUACGUUGGAUCUUCGGUUGUUUCUGACGACCGGGAUGAUUGGGAGUGGAAUUUUUGUUGGGAUAUUUGGGAUGGGAUAUUUUUGGAAUGUGCAUGUGUUUUGGUUUUUUCUUUUAAUGCAAAUGGUUGCUGGAUUGUUUCAAGCAACUGGUUGGCCUUCGGUCGUUGCUGUUAUUGGCAAUUGGUUUGGGAAGAGGAAGAGGGGUUUGAUAAUGGGUAUUUGGAAUGCACAUACUUCGGUUGGGAAUAUUACUGGAUCUCUCCUUGCUGCUAGUGUUUUGAACUACGGGUGGGGCUGGUCUUUCAUAGUUCCCGGUGCAUUAAUAGUCAUGGGAGGCAUACUGGUUUACUUUUUCUUGCCUGCUUACCCUGAGGAUAUUGGAUUUACUUGCCCACAAGGUUCAGCUACGAAUGCAGUGGCAGAGCCUAAUGAUGAAGAAGCUCAGAUAAGUAAAAGAAAUGUUGUUGGAGGGGAAAUAAAUAGUGCUUCCCAACAUGGAUCAGUGAGAAGAAAAAGUGUCGGGCUCCUUGAAGCUUGUUCUAUUCCAGGAGUGAUACCAUUUGCAUUGUGCCUUUUCUUUGCGAAGCUUGUGGCCUACACGUUUCUGUACUGGUUACCAUUCUAUUUAAGUCAGACAGAAAUUGGUGGAGAGUAUGUUUCUGUAAGAUCCGCUGGAAAUCUGUCUACUUUGUUUGAUGUAGGAGGCAUUGUUGGGGGAAUCCUAGCUGGCUACAUGUCUGAUAAACUUAAUGCUCGUGCUACUACAGCUGCCAGCUUCAUGUAUGCUGCAAUUCCUUCAAUGCUAUUAUAUCGAACAUAUGGGAGUAUUUCGAAGACUGUCAACAUCAUACUUAUGAUGGCUGCUGGCUUGUUUAUAAAUGGACCCUAUGCACUCAUUACCACUGCAGUUUCUGCUGACCUUGGCACACAUAGUUCUCUUCGAGGAGAUUCUCGAGCACUGGCAACAGUGACUGCUAUAAUUGAUGGUACAGGAUCAAUGGGUGCAGCUCUUGGCCCUCUUCUUACUGGGUUCAUAUCUACACAGGGAUGGGAUGCAGUUUUUGUGAUGCUAAUGAUCGGUGCUCUUAUUGCGGGGCUUCUUUUAUCACGUCUAGUCAUUGCUGAACUUUCUGAGAAAACUUGUAAACCAAUGUCUCAAUCCAGUGGCCAGCAAAGUAUUGGAGCUCCUGUGACUCAACCACUUCUAAGUGAUCGUAGGUGAUAAUGAGGUAUGUAAUAGUACGGCAUGGUUCCAUGAACGUUGAUGUUGUUGAGGAAAGUAUAGAAAAAGGCUAAACAUGAAGUGGUAAUAUGUAUUUUAAAAUAUUUAUGAGAUUUAAUGAAUUUAUUUGUAACUUCUAGCAUGUGUACAUUGUCUUUAGUGUACACAAACUGAUAAGAAAUGUUUAGAUUUUGUCUAGCAUGA